AUGCCUCGACCACGACGCGAGCCCUUAGACAAGCCGAAGCCCCUCAUCAUGAAGCUAGACGAUUGGCUUGACGCGGAGCAGAACCACAAGCUGCUAGCCGAGCACAACGAGGCCCAAGAAGAAGCCGGGAGACGCGAGGGCACCGUCUUCAAGCAAGGGUCCUUUCAAAGGCUCUCAAAGUGGUUUGAAGAAGACGUACAAACGUACAGGGAUCAGACUUUCAAAAACGCACUCGAAGUGUCGUUCGCUCCUUCUAUGUAUGACCCAUGCCCCAAGCCUUUGGAUGAGCUCAAGAAGGUCAUGAUCAAAGACUUGGGUUGUGGACAACGUGAUAUCGACUCCUACAUACUCGUUAAAACGGUCAACAGGGCAGCUACGCUGUCUUCUUUCUUCAUGGCCAUUGUCACUGACGAGAAUGAUAACCUUGUUUUGUUGCGAAUUGCGAUGGAGGCGUUUCAUUCGCAUGACGUUCUGGUUCUUCCCUUGGAUACGGUUUUGCUGGUCAAGCAACCCCGCUUGGAAUACAUUUCGCACAAGCAGUACGAGAUCAAUGUUCAUCAUGUCUCUGAUAUCAUGUUCAUUGCCCCAACUGAUGAAAUGAUCCCUUUGGCUUGGAGGAAGGAGAAGUACAAGAAUGUCUCCAACUGGUCGUUUGACAAAUGGCUUGACCUGGGCGAGAAAGCCAGCAACAAGUUUGAACAGGGAUUAUCAAUCCAAUGGUGCAACCAAGCCAUGAAGCGUUCGCCACCCGAGGAGGAUGCCAAUUUUAUCCAUGCCCUUCGUUCAAAUGGAAAUAUGUCGACUCGCCGAUUGGACGCAGCUCUGAGUGAUAUUCAGAAAGCCAUCGUUAUUCCAAACUUCAAAGAGCAUGUCCUGCGCCGCAUGGGACAGAUCUUGUACAGGCGUGGAUCGUAUGAGGAAUGUAUCGAGAUAGCCAGGAAGCUUCGGAGGGCUUUUCCGGGGUAUCGCACGGAUAAGAUCCUUAUGGUUCAAGCCAAAAGAAGAGUGGCAGAGAAACUGCAUGGUGCCUAUGAUUUCUGGGACAUGCAGCGUGGCGCCUCGUACAGCCAGGCCCUUGUCUUGGAUCACGCCAGUCAGGACAUGCAGCGAGGCGCCUUGUGCGGCCAGGCCCUUCUCUUGGAUCAUGCCAGUCACACAGGACCGGUGGCCGUUAGGGAGAGCAACUUGCAUGGACGAGGUCUAUUCACGACCAAGGACGUCAAAAUCGGCGAGCUCCUUCUAUGUGAGAAGGCCUUUUCGUACGUCGUCGAGGAUCCCAACGGGAGGGUGAUUGCCUUUGACGGUCCCUUCCACCCAUGGUCUCGACCCCGAGUUCUUGAUACUGUCCAAAUCAACACUGAAACCAAGACAAUUAUCCGAGGACCACUGCUUGACCUAGCACUCGAGGUCAUCACGAAGAUGCACAAGAAUCCGUCUCUGAGAUCUCAGAUCACUGAUCUAUACAGCGGCAGCCUCGACGGCAUGAAGCCGGGUGACGAAAACUCAGUGAAUAGCUUCCAAGUCAUGCAAGUAAUCUCGCUGAAUGGUUUCGGCGCCCCAAUGACCACCAGAUCGAUGCAUCUUUACAACGGCAAUGAUAAAAAGGUGAUAUAUAGGUACAUCUGCCACGGUAUCUGGCCUCAGGCCUCCUACAUCAACCACUCAUGCGUCUGCAAUGUGCGCCGCGCUUUCGUCGGUGACAUGAUGAUUAUACGGGCCGCGCAGGAUAUCCCCGCCGGCACUGAACUGACUUUCUGGUACACUGUGCCGUCCCAGACUAGAGUGACCGACACCAGCCACUGGGGAUUCGAAUGCAGCUGCGUCCUAUGUGUCGACCUGCGCGAUACACCUGGUUGGGUGCUUCAAGCUCGGGAGUCCGCACGCUCUGGUCUUUGGAAACGCAUUAGACCAGACUGUAUGGGUGAAUACGAUGAGCUUGAGAAGGAGCUUGCGGAUUUCUCGUCACUGUUCGUGACGCCUGCGCGGGUGGUUCCGUGGUUUGCAGCUUGGGAUUUGUACUUCGAAGCUGCAACUAUGUUUGAUAAGGCACACGAAGAUGGCCACUCAAUCCGCUGGGCCCUUGAGGGGCUAAAGGCGUGCGGGUUUGUCAUUGAAGGGUGGGAGCCACGGGGAACUGAACUGAGAGUCGAGAAGUGGGGUGUCGUGCUCGAGGAGCAGAUUGAAAUCUGGCUCCUCUUGUUCUUCUGUCUGACUCGAGUUGCGCCCGGGCUGGCCCCGACAGCGGAAAAGUAUGCCCGCCUUACAUACUUGCUGUGUGUUGGGGAAGACGCUUCGUUUGAGCGGACUGUGGGCCAGCAAUCGGGCCGCUUCUGGCCCCACACCUGA